AUGAACCUCACCGGCUUCCUUGAGUGUGGUUACGCUUGCUACACCAUGGUUCAGGAGCUGAUUGAUGCCAACGCCGUCAUCUAUCUGGACCCUCAGAAGAUGAUCACGCGAAGCCAAGAAGUGGGUAAGGAAAAGCGAGGCAAGGAGCUCGUUCUUGUGCAAGAUUCAAAGUUGUCUGUCAGGGACCCUGUCUCCAGGGAGCGCUGUGCCAUACAGAACGAACUGCAGUUGUUCCAAGCCAUGCAGAGACGUUCGCUUGCUCUGGACCUCAUGCAUGUCGCCAGCUAUGAGGUGUCUGAACAGUGGCGUCAAUACCUGAUGGAUUGCAUGCUUCAACCUGCCCUCACAGCUGAUCCGACUGUGUUGUUCCACUUGCUGCCGUUGCCCCUGCAGGGCCCCAAGGGACGUGGUCGCGGCAAGACCGGCAACAAGAGGAAAGGUGAUAACAAGGAGCCUGCCAGCUCCUCCAACCUGCAGGAUCGUCUUCCUGAUGAGCUCAAGAACAUCCCGUGGCAUAGUGGGACUUCGCAGUGCGAGCCGAAAAUAUCUGUAACUUGCGCUUUCCUGAAUCAGGUUGUACGCAGCCUGCGACCCGACUUCGAGUACAGCAGCAUCAGUCUCUUUCAGGACAUCCGCGCUGGCGUCCACAAAGAUUCCAAGAAUGCGAAAGUGGACAACCUCCUAAUUCCAAUCAGCGAUUUCGAGGAGGGUGGCCUUUGGGUGGAAGGUCCCGGCACAGACAUCCAAGUGGUUGAUGGCACUCCCUUGACCGGUACUAACAUGUCUGUGCGGCCGUACCUGCAAUUUCCAGCUUACAGCCAACAUCAUUGCACGCUACCGUGGAAGGGUACACGUCUGGUUUUGGUUGCCUUUUCCGUAGAUCGUCUGCGCAGCAUCAAUCCGCGCGACCACGAGGUUCUACAAUCCACGGGAUUUCCUUUGCCCAAACACUUGCUGCAAACCUCUACUUGCGCACCUCCUCCUGAGCCGGCCAGCGUUGCUCCCAAAACCGAAGAGUUUCUUCAGCGUUUGAGGUCCCGUGUGUCGGGCAAAUCCUGCAAGGACCUCGUCUUCAUUGAGAUAUUUGCUGGUUCAGCUGGCCUGUGCCGUGCCCUUAAGCAGUGUGGUUAUUCCCAGUCCCUAGCGGUUGAUAAGGUCCUGGAACACUCACAGGAAAUCUUGCCGGAGGCUGAUCAUACCGACUUGGCUGACACCUACAUGUCAGUUUUUGCUGAGCAACCAGCGCAAACGGAUACCUGGUCAAAGCUUCAAGAGAGCAGGUCUGACGUGCCACCUCGGACAUCGAGCAGGAAGGAGGACCAAUCCAAUCCGGACGACAUGGAGAUGGACCAUCCUCCUCAGCUACUCCCUCAAGACCACCCUCCUCGAGAGUCAGGGCUAGUGGACCUGCCUCCCAUUCCUGAAGAAGAAGAUCAAGAACAGAAGCGCUUGACACACCCGAUCCUCCUCCAGGUGCUGCAGUAUCUCCUUCUCCACCUGUUCCAGACGAGCAGAGCACCAUGGCACCGACUGCCUCGGCGACUCCUGAGCCCUCGAAGGCCAAGCACCAUACAAGUGGAUGAAGCCACUGGCGGCUCCUGGCCUUUUGGACCAGCCAGACAAUCUCCAGAGACACCGCGCCCGACUCCAUACCCUUUUGUGGAUCAACCUCCAUCACUUCCACGACCUCCGACUUCGACUUACUUCAUGGAGGCCAUGGAUGAGAACGACCGAGUUCGCUUGUGGAGAAACAAGGCGUAUAACCGCUGGGAGCCCAUCGCCACGUCCAAGGAGAAAUUUCACCUCAAGGAUUCGGCGGCGACUUUCUCCAGCAGCGAGCGCCUGUUCUUCAUCACCAAGAAGAAAGUGAGCCCUGGAGAGGUAAUCUUCAAGGACCUUCCGGAGAAGUUCAAGAAGAUCUUCAGGAAGAGCCGGAACAAGGAGAUUGAUAGCCUCCUGAAGUCCGGGGCGAUUAAGAUCUUGUCUGUCAAGGAGUCUCGAGAGUUCGCCGAGAAGUUCCCCGACUAUGUCCUCACCAGUCGAUAUGUCGAUCGGUGGAAACCUACUGGUGACUCGUCAGUGCUUCCCGAGCACUGGGAUCCCGAGACGUAUGUGUGGGAAGGAAUCAAUGCGGCUGAGCCUAAAAGCCGUUGGUGUGUGGUCGGAUGGCGUGAUCCCCACAUACAUGAGAUCGAACGAGCAGCUCCAACGCCGUUGACCAGCAGCCUCUACGUCUUCUGCCAACUUUCUGCAACCCGGCACUGGCAUGGAUUUGCAAAGGAUGCUAAGACUGCAUUCUUGCUGGCCAAACCGACGACGAGACGACAACGCCUUGCCUGCCGAAUGCCCUCGGACGAGUCCUUUCCAAGAUACGAAGCCGAGCAGUUGAUCCUGCUGUUGACUGAGGUCUAUGGUCUCGUUUCCGGUCCGGCGCGGACAUUCAUCAAUGACCCUGAAGAGCAAGUGACUGUGUACGGCCAGACGUACCACCGCACAAGAGGCAUCAUUGUCAUUGAGGUCGACGACUUGUUAGAGGCUGGCUCGUCCGAGCACCGCGCCAAGAUGAAGUGGUUGGAGUCCAAGCUCAAGUUCGGCAAGGUCGUCGAGCUGAUGGGAGUGAAGGAAGGAACCGGCUACGCAGGCCGGAAGAUCCGUCAACUCUCAGACUUCUCCUACACGUUUUCGAUGGAUGAAUAUGUGAGAGACCGCCUGAAGUUCAUCCGCUUUGAGCGCAAGAUCCUGAAGAAGGACGCCCUCAACACCAGGCUAACUGCUGACGAAGAACAGCAGUUGAGGGGUGCUCUGGCACCCUUAAACUGGGCUUCGCGUGAAGGGAGGCCGGAUGGAUCGGCAGCGGCAAGCAUAUACGCAGGCUCGUUCCCGGAGAUCAGGCAUCUCCUUAUCGCUGACUCCUCCUUUGAUCCGAGUGGAAAAGUCAAGCCACAACACGGAUACAUCCAGGCGGUGACGACUCCAGACCUGAAUGCCGGCAAGAUCGCACCAAUUUCGUGGAUAUCAUGGACUUCGCGGAAGCUGCGGCGCAAGGCUGGAAAUACGCUCUUGUGCGAGAGCAUUGCAAUGAGUACUGCUCUCGGGGCGAUGGAAAAGCAAAUUGCUUUCUGGAAAAGCAUCACGCAAAGCCAUUUCAACCCAAGAUCCAUCGCUGUUUCUGACGAUGCGGCCUUGGGACUCCGAGGACCAGGUACAGUCAUCGCUAGCGAAGCUGCGGGCUAUUCUGAUCCCUUGACAGUGGCUAUUACCGAUGCCAAAUCACUCUUCGAUGGGGCCAACACCGAACAGGCCCAGGGUGAAGAUUCCAGAAGUGCUCUCGAAAUCGCGAUAAUACAAGAGAGCCUUGCGCAAUGCCAAGGUCGACUUCGAUGGGUUCCUCAUAACCAUAACCCCUCCGAUGCCUUGACCAAGACAGAGUCCGCUCACCGAGAACCUCUCCUUCGAAUGAUGCAGAACAAUGCGCUGCGCAUCGAGCUAGAGGAGACCAUCAUUUCUCGGGAAAAGCAGUCGGAGCAUCGAAAGAAGGUCGUGGAGACCGCCACCCGUGAGCCCAGCCCCGCUUCGAUCUCACCGUCCGUGACCGAAGCGGAGGUGGCGCGGAAGAGGCCAAUCUCCGCGCACUCCAAGGUCGUCGUCCGAUCCAAGUCCAAAGAACUCCCCUCUGCCAAUGGGGCCAACGAGACCGCCACGAAGGCGCAGCAGGCCGAUGAGCUGACGAGGCUCCGUGCGGCGAACGCUGAGCUGCUAAAGCAGCUGGAGGACAAGGAACGCGAGGCGCGCGCAGCGGCUCAGGAAAGGUCCUCCCUGGAGAGAAGGUGUAAAGAGCUGGAGGGAGUCCCUCAACAGCUUCACGCUGAGCAGGAGCGGACGGCCGUGCUGUCUGCAGAGCUCGCGGAGCUGGCCGAGGCCCUGGCGGAGCAGACGAAGCUCCGAGAGGCUUUGGCCACCCGGUGCCAAAGCCUGGAGAAGCAGCUGAGCAGCGAGGUCCGCAAAGUGGGUUGGGGAGGUGAGGAACGUGAGGAGCGCGAGGCCAACAAGGACCCUCGGCCAGCCACCAGCCAAUCCGUGAACUCUGGGACCUUGAUUAGCUUCGAAUCCGCAGCUUCCCACGCCUCGCUGAUCUACUGCAGUAGUGCCAACUCCCUGAGGUCGGUGGCUGAGUGGGUCUUCCCGCUGCAGAACCGGAUUCUGCCGCCCGAAAAGACCUACGAUCGGCAACUUCUGGCGCCCAGCGAUCCUCGAAGGCAGUGGUUGGAGGAGUACAUUCAGGGCUCCCUGGCGUCCCAUCGAAAGAUGUACGACUCCGAGGAGUGGUGCUCGCCACCACAGAUCGAGAUCAUCCGGAUCUCCGAAGUCUUCAACCCCAUCGUUAAUAAUGCCUAUUACCAGCAGCUAUCUCAGAUGCAAGAGGUUUGGGGCACCGAUCGGCAUCCAGUACCGGAGAUGUCGCGAGCAAUUCCUAUCCGAACUGCUUGGGACCGGAACCGGAUGAACGAGGUGCUGCUCUUCCACGGCUGCAAGUGGGACUCCCUCUUCGGCAUCCUCCGUGAAGGCUUUGACCCGCGCCUGGGCGGCAUCAACACCGGUGCCGCCUUCGGCAUCGGCUGCUACUUCACCACGGUGUCCUCCAAGGCUGAUGCCUACACUGAGCGCUGGGAAGAGUGGGAAGGCCGGCCCAACUGCGAGAUCCCCGCAGACCUGCGCUGCCUGCUGGUGGCACGCGUAGCUUUGGGCGAGAUCUUCGAGCUCCGCGAUGCUGAUGCUUCCUUGCGGCGGCCACCUACGGGCGCAGCAGAGGUCCGCUGCGAUUCCGUCCUGGGUGUGCCUCGAAGCCGCGGAGGCUGUGUGGACUACGACGAGUUCGUCAUCUACAAGCAGGCGCAAGCCACGCCGCAGUUCAUCGUGGACUACAAGCACCUGGACUGCUGCACCUGCCGUAGCUGUAUGCAUGGCAUCGCCUAA